AUGUCUUGCAUUGGGCCCGGUCGAAGUCUCGUUGAGCAGUUGCUCUCCACGGGUGUGAAAGCGGAAGACGUGGACACAGUCUUCUUCAGUCAUGCUCACUUCGAUCACUGUCGACCGAUUGCAGAUGAAUUUCCCCGUGCUCAUGCGUAUUUCGGCCCAGGUACCGAACAAGAGUGCGAAGGCAAGAUGGAACCACAUAACACGGAUCCAUCAAUAUCACACAAGUAUGACCCCCGAAUAUUCGACCGUGACGUUUCGAAAGAACGAUGGUCUGAACUUGAAGGCCCUUGGGUGAAAUUCGGUGCGUUUGACAAAGCCAUGGACAUUUUCGGUAACGGGGCCUUCUGGAUCAUCCAAGCACCAGGACACAUGCCAGGGAAUCUAUGUGCAGCGGCCCGAACUGAAGGGGAAAAUCUUAUUGGUCGGGCUGAUUUCUCUUGCAGGGCUUUGAUCGAUGGCACAUUCGACAUUGCAGUCACUAUUCUAGCAGAUGGCACAAAACGAUGUAUUCACCAAGACAUUCCUGCAGCCGCAGAAACAAUAGCCAAGAUGCGGGAAAUGGAGCGGUCGCAUGCCUUUCAUAUUGCUCUGGCGCAUGAUGCUACUUGGAUGAUGGCGGAGAAGAAGGAUACAACCUUGUUCAGUAUGCUUGACGAGGGCUUCCGCGUGAAUAUUGAUGCGCACAUCUCAACUGGAAAGCCUUUCUGA